CCUAACCUAAAAAUAUGAUAUUACAUAUAUUUAUAAUUAAAAAAACAAUUAAAUAUCUGUAAACAUUUAAGACUGUAUAUACCCUUGAAAUUUAAACAAUAAGAUGUUUUCUAUAUUAUUAAUUAAUUAGGCAUUAUUAGCAAAAAAUCUGUUGAAAAAUUGAUAAUUGAAAUAAUUGGUAAAUUGUUUUAAUUACAAUCACGCAAAUAGAUAAAUAAAGUUAACGUAAAAUAUACUAUUAUUAAUUAUCUGCAAUGCGCUGGAAAAUGAAGUCGCUCGUGUUCUGUUUUUUGUUUGUUUGUGCCAAAUCGCAGGAUACACAAAAUGAUUUGAGAAAUUUACCAGUAAUAGGAGACGCUGGGGAGGUUCUUGACAACUUGAUCAACCAAAUCGAUAAUGGAGAGGACGAGAUAGAACGGCCAUGCAAAUCUCUGGACAAUCACUGCGUCAGGAACUGGUUGCAUGAGCAUUCAAGCUGUAAGAAGACCUUUGGGUCCGUACCGGAUCCCCUGCACAGGGUACAGGCCACCCAACAGCUUCCGAGAAUUAACUUCACAGUUAGUGCAAUCGACGUUCCAUACAGUGGUUUGAACGGAAGAAUUGAAGAGUUCUAUGUCAACAGAAAAACUGAUCAAGUAGUGUUGGCAGUGGAGUUUCGUAACGUCGUUUUUCAAACAAAUAACAGCUUCUUUAUUUUCUACCGUCGUGCAAAGGAACCAGUUAUAACCAAUGAUUUUUAUAUUAUAAGAAUAAGUUCACUUAUUGUGACAGCAACAAUACCUCGGAUUGACAACUUGAGAUACGACAGAAGCGAACACUUCACCUAUUCGAAUGAUCCAACGUCAACCUUCACAGUCGGACCAACUAGUUUCGCCCAUAGAGAUCCAGUCGUCCAGAGAGUGUUCCUGGCUUUAAUAUCGAAUCUGCCUAUCAACGUACGUGAGAUUGUCAUUAGCGAAGGGCCUUUCCUUAUGGCAAACUUUAUACAAUACUCCUUGUGUGAUUUUGGUAUCAAAGUUAUCUGAGUAUUUUCUUAAUAAAUGAAUAUGAAGUUAA